AUGGAGUUGCGGCUGCUGGAGACUGAGGGAACUGGUCGUCGUUUGGGUGCUGCGGCUGCUGGCGACCGAGCGGCGGGUGCAGGCGGAGCUGCGGCUGGAGACCGAGUUUCGGCUGUUGGAGACCGAAUCAACGGCUGGAGACCGAGCGGCGGCUGGCUGGAGACCGAGGGGGGGGGCUGUUGUAUCCCGCCGGCGCCGGAGGGGGGGGGGGGAAGGGACGGGGGGGGGGGGUAUGAACGGAGGGGGGGGAGAGCGGAUUGGAACCGGAGGUCGGUGACGGAGGGCAGCGGGGAGCGGCGACGAGGGUCGGCACCGGGGACCAGAGGUCGGGUCGAGUCGGCACCGAAGGUCGGCAACGGGGGCCGGGGACCGGGACGAGAGAGAGAGAGAGGGGGUAGGGAGAGAGAGAGAGCCGUUCAAUCUGAAGAAAAGGGUAAUAAUCAUUUUCAUUAA